AUGGCGGACGGCAGACGGCAGACGGCAGACGGCAGACGGCAGACGGCAGAUGGCCAUUCUUUCAACUGCCUGAAACUUCAGCUCCUCCACGCCCUGCUGCCGACCACUCUGCAUCCCUUGGUCGGGGAACGACGCCUCACAACUCUGCCGCUGCCCGACCCUCCAGUUGCCCGCCCCGUCUGCAGGUGGACAAAUCUGUCCAGCAGCGCUUGGUACUUUUCCUCCGCAGCCGCCCGUCGCCCAUCACCGGCUGCGCGUCAGCAAAUCAGAGCUCGGUCCAACGUGCAGGGUUGCAGGGUUGCAGGGUUGCAGGGCUCGCCGCCUUGUCCGACCCAAGCUCAAGCCAGCCCGCAUUAUCUGCACACACGUGCCGACAAGGGGCUGUCUUCUGGGAAACAGUUCCAACUCUGCUCCGGCAUGGCAGUUUUGCAGUUUUGCUCCGGCUCCAGGAACGGGGGCUGA